AAUGGAAUAAUAUGAAAUUCCUUGAGUUUAGCAUGCUAACUAUUAAUUGAAAUAUGUUUUGUGGAAAUAUAAAGCAUAAAAUAUGUUUGAUUAGGAUAUUUUGUGUCGUGCAAUAAGAUCAUCAUUCCAGAAGAAUAAAGAUUCUUGAAUAACAAAACAGCUUUUCAAAACGAGGCAGUUGAUGUCACUGAAAGUGAUUCAUUUUUGUUUACAACCAAUAUUUGCCAAUUUGGAGGUAUACGGGAACGUUUAAACCAAUUCACAUUAUAGCAGGUGUUUUUGAAGGCAGGUGAAAAUGAAACUAUAUUCCCUGUCAAUAUUGUUCCGUCAUCCGGACAACAAGGUCACACAGCUCAUUACAGCGCAAGAUCUACAGUCAUUUGGCUACUUUCAGAGAGGAAGUGUGAAAGAGUUUAUGGAUUUUACGAGUAAAAUUAUAACAGAAAGGACAACACCUGCAUCCAGAGCAUCAGUGAAGGAACAAGAAUACAUGUGUCAUGUGUAUGUACGGAGAGACAAUUUAGCUGGUGUUCUCAUCUCUGAUCAUGAAUAUCCACAAAGAGUUAGUUUUACUCUAUUAAACAAGUUAUUAGAAGAUUUUGCUGCAAAGUUCCCCGCCCACACUUGGUCCUCAUCUCCAGAAAAUAGUAUAGACUUUCCCCAGUGCAGUCAGUUUUUGGCAAAGUAUCAGAAUCCCAAGGAAGCGGACGCAAUGACAAAAAUCAUGGCAGAUUUAGAUGAAACAAAAAUUAUUUUACACAACACUAUAGAUGCAGUAUUACAAAGAGGGGAGAAAUUAGAUGACUUAGUGGACAAGUCAGAGGGUCUCAGCACACAGUCCAAAGCUUUUUAUAAAACAGCAAAGAAAACAAAUUCCUGUUGCGUGAUAUUAUAGGAGGCUCUCCACCCAGACACUAUUCUACAAUAUCGUAGCUUUUGAGAACUCGUGAAUAUUGAUCGUUAUCAGCAGUGUAGUGAAUUGUGUCUCUGUAUAAAGGUCUUGGUCAAAUAUCAAUGUAACAUUUUGGCGAAACUAAUAAAAUUAGUGGGGGGUAAACAUCCAGGUUUUGUUAUAGAAAAAACAUUGAGUGUUUAACUAACAGAAACAAGAGGGUGGUCUGGGCUUUCAUUAAAUUAGCUUUCGCAGAAAACAAUCAUUGAUAGUUUGACUUUAACAUAUACAGAAAGGAACUGUAUAGUGUGCAUAUAGGAUUUAUCUGGCCGAUAUUAUUACUCUAAAAAGCACUUGUAUGGGACAUCAUGAACUCAUUAAGAAAU